AUGAUGGCGAUGCCACCUAAAAGGUAUCGGGGUAUGAUGCCUACGUAUCUCAACCCCGAGCCUAACCACUCAGAGAUUGAUAUGUUGAAUCAGCAGCUGAACAUUCUACCAGAUUUGAAUGUUGUUACAUCUGAGGAAGAAGUCAAGCAUCUUCAAUCCAGAAAACCUAGACCGUUACAUGUUAGGUCUGAGGAGGAGGAGUUUUUUUAUCCAUGGAAGCGACAGAGAAUCGAAAUGCCACCGAUAAAGUUGAAUCUACCUCCGUGGAACGAUGUAUCUAGACUCCCUUCUCUUCGGACUCUCCCUGCUAACUUCAGUGUGGAGAAGAAAGCUCCUGUUCAGGCUAAAAGUUUUGAUGAGGAGGUUUCUUCAUAUCCUAGAGGAAGGUGUGUCCAGACAUCUACAGUGCCGGUUAGUUUCGGUGUCGUUGCUGAUAAAGUCUCUGGGAAGACAUUGAGCGGGUGUUCUGACAUAACGAAGCUGGAUUCUCCUUUGGAUGAUGAUAAGCAGCAUGUUCAAGGCCUUGGUGCUAGCAACAACGUGAAACCAGCAAGAGGAAAUGUAACCACAGUUUAUUCUUUUGAGGAUCUGUUUUCCAGCAAGAAAGAAACUCAAGCCGUGGAAAAGCCUCUGAAGCUGGGAUCUGGAGUUGACGUUGUUGAACAUGAGCCGAUGAAAUGUGAUGAUGAACAGAGCAAGUGUGAGGUUAAUGCUGAUGACACAAUGUCACUGCAAAGGCCUCUGAAGCAUGAUGCGAAGCUGGGAUUUGGCGUUGACGUUGUUGAGCCAAUGAAAUGUGAUGAACAGACCAAGUGUGAGGUUAAUGCUGCUGACACAGCGUCACUGGAAAAGCGUAACAAGAGAGAUGUCUCACUUGUGGAACGUUUCACUGAAGAAGAAAUAAAGUUGCAUAUAAAGAGUCUCAAGGAGGGAAGUAUUCAGGGAGGAAUCAGUGAAAUGUGUGACCUCAACAAGGAGGAGGCAUGUCAACUGUGUUGCGAUGGCGUGCUAAUGUUUCCAGCACUACCGAUAUACUGCUCUAUUUGCACUUUCCGGAUUAAAGAAAAGUCUUUCUAUUACGUCCCCGAGGAGAAGAUAAGCGAUGCGCAGCAUCAAAUCUGCAAUCCUUGUUACAAUCGCUCUAGAACCAAAUUCACUCUAUUGGACGUCAGUAUCACAAAAGCCAAAAUGCUUAAGAAGAAUAACGCUGACAACCAAAACAUAGAGGAGUGGGUUUGUUGCGGAUCUUGCGGGAAAUGGCAGCAUCAGAUAUGUGGUCUAUACAAUGUACAUAAAGACGAGGACAAAACCGCAGACUAUAUAUGUCCCUACUGUUUGUUAGAGGAGCGUAAAAGUAUCAACAAGACGGGAUUCAUCAGUGACAAUUCGGAUUUGGGGGCCAAAGAUUUGCCUGAAACCAUCCUCAGCAGCUUUAUAGAGAAAAGGCUAUUCAGGCGCCUCAAAGAAGAAAGACUUCAAACCGCAAAAGCGACUGGGAAGAGCAUCAAUGAUGUAUCGGAAGCAGAAGAUCUUACUCUCAGGGUCGUGUUUUCUGCUGACAAAAGCUCACACGUCAACAAAGCAUUUGCUGAUUUGCUUCACAAAGAAAACUAUCCUAGUGAAUUCCCUUACAGAUCAAAGGCUAUUCUUCUCUUCCAGAAAAUUGAAGGAGUUGAUGUAUGCAUCUUUGCCUUGUUUGUCCAAGAGUUUGGAUCAGAAUGUAGCUUACCAAACCAACGCAGCGUAUACAUCGUAUAUCUUGAUUCCGUCAAGUACUUUAGACCCGAGAGAGUGACAUCCUCAGGAGAAGCUCUUCGAACUUUCGUCUAUCAUGAAAUAUUGAUUGGAUAUCUUGAGUACUGUAAGCUUCGGGGUUUCACAACAGGUUAUAUAUGGGCGUGUCCACCUCCAAAAGGAGAAGAUUACAUUAUGUAUUCUCAUCCUGAGACUCAGCAAAUCCCCAACACUAAGAAGCUUCGCCAAUGGUAUGUGUCAUUGCUGGACAAAGCAGCGGAGCAGAGGGUGGCGACGAAUGUUACAAACUUGUAUGAUCGGUUCUUCGUUUCGACGGAGGAAUCAUCUACCUGCAAUAUCUCGGCUGCGCGGUUGCCUUACCUUGAAGGCUCUUUCUGGUCCUGCAAUGCUGAGCUUCUGGUUCAGGAAAUCGAGAGAGAAGGCAAUAAAGAGUUGGAGAAGAAGUUCAAGUCGCUUUCUAGAAGAGCACUAAAGGGUACCAAAAGUAAAGACGGUGUUGAUGUGGAUGACGCUAAAAACAUUCUCCUCAUCCAAAAGCUUGAUAAGAUGAUACACAAGAACAAGGAGGAUUUCAUGGUGGUGGAAUUGAAUUAUUCAUGCUCACGCUGCUCCAAGGCCAUAUUGUCAGGAUCUAGAUGGUUCUGCGAGAAGUGCAAAAAUCUUCAGUUGUGUGAAAGAUGCCAUGAAGCAGAGCAAGAGGUUCCUUGGGAACACACACAUACUAUGAAUGGCAAAGAGAAGCAUCCUCUCUCGAAAGCUGAAGUGAACGCCAUACCGUCUACAACGGAGGAUAACGAUCUCAUCAUUGAAAACAGUAUGUUUGAGAGCAGACAAGCGUUCUUAGGUUUUUCUCAGAAGCAUAACUACAACUUCGACGUGCUUCGACGCGCCAAGCAUUCUUCGAUGAUGAUACUUCACCAUCUUCAUACCUCAAACAAGAAGCCUCACCAUUGCUCUGAAAACUCUAGUCAAUUGACCUGCACGGACUGCAAAAAGGAUGUUUCGACGACGAUUUUCUUCCCUUGUUUGAUUUGUUUGGACUUCCGACUUUGCAAUGGAUGCUAUGACAAAAACAAAAUCCUUCGUCUGCUUCAUCUUUUCCCCACAAGCCCUUCUGCUAAUGGAACGCCGCCUAGAACCGUUCCGGUUCUUGGGAUAGUGAAUGCUCUGUUUCACGCGCAUGCUUGCCAAACCACGGCCACUGAGGCGUGUUCAUACCCGAAAUGCAGUCAAGCUAGAGUAUUGUUCAAACACAGGUCAUUGUGCAAAAUCAAUGAGCGAGGAAGUUGUUCGCUUUGUAACAAUUUUUGGAAGAUUUUAAGGAUUCACGCUUACCAUUGUCAAGAUCCCAAUUGCCCCAUACCACGCUGCAGAGAUUUGAAGGCGAACUUUCAUAGGAAUAGUUUGAGGAUCUAA